UCGCGGCAAUUUGGCUCAGUCUAAUUUCUACUUUCAAACACGAGCGUUGAUGCUGCGUACAAAUUCACUAGCGCUGGUCAUAGCGAUUUCUACCUUGGCAGUGCAGUAUGUGUCUGCCGCGUCGUGUGGGGUUAUCGAGAACAACACCGACUUUCAAGGCAACGACUUGGCCAAUGCCCCCGCUAGUUCUGCUGAAGACUGUUGUCCGAUAUGCAAUGCCAACCCCAGCUGUACUGGGUUUGCGUUUGGCUGGGGAACGUGCUUCCUCAAGUAUGGCCCCCUGGUUCGCAUUUCCAAAGUUGGCGUGAGUGCUGGUGCGAUGGCACCUACGCCGUCGUGUGGGGUUAUCGAGAACAACACCGACUUUCAAGGCAACGACUUGGCCAAUGCCCCCGCUAGUUCUGCUGAAGACUGUUGUCCGAUAUGCAAUGCCAACCCCAGCUGUACUGGGUUUGCGUUUGGCUGGGGAACGUGCUUCCUCAAGUAUGGCCCCCUGGUUCGCAUUUCCAAAGUUGGCGUGAGUGCUGGUGCGAUGGCACCUACGCCGUCGUGUGGGGUUAUCGAGAACAACACCGACUUUCAAGGCAACGACUUGGCCAAUGCCCCCGCUAGUUCUGCUGAAGACUGUUGUCCGAUAUGCAAUGCCAACCCCAGCUGUACUGGGUUUGCGUUUGGCUGGGGAACGUGCUUCCUCAAGUAUGGCCCCCUGGUUCGCAUUUCCAAAGUUGGCGUGAGUGCUGGGGUAGCACAAGCAUCAACGUCGCAAAAACAACUUUAA